CUUUAUUAUAAACUGUAUCUUCAUUGUGGGCACUUCUCUCUCUCUCUCUCUGCCUCUGGUUGUUGUUUUCUGAUGGUUUUUGUGGGGGCAGUACAUUGAUUGGUAUUGAGAAAAUUCAACAAUGGAGGAAUUGGGUGGGCCAAGGUUGUACGGCUGCUUUAGGUGCCGGAACCAUGUGUCCCGACAUGAUGAUAUCGUUUCUAAAGAUUUUCAGUCGGGCAACAACAGAGCCUUUCUGUUCUCCCAUGCGAUGAACAUUGUGGAAGGGCCUAAAGAGGAUCGGAACCUUAUUACAGGUCUUCACACGGUUGCUGAUGUAUUUUGCUCGGACUGCGGGGAAUUGUUGGGUUGGAAAUAUGAACGAGCUUAUGAGGAAUCCCAAAAGUACAAAGAAGGGAAAAUCAUACUUGAAAAGUUUAAGAUCAUCAAGGAUAAUUGGUAGCACACAGAAAUGGCUGUGAAUUCCUCUAUUUCUUGUUGACACAAGUUACUUCAUGCUUCAUUAUGUUCAUCUAGUGCAAAGAAUUGAAUGUCAUUGAUUAUUAAAAGAAUGAAAAAGUCAUUGUUCUUGUAUAUAGAUAGAACUUGUGCAAAAGUGUCUUGCAUUACACGUUAUGGUAUUAUUUAUGCAUAAAUUGAAAAGAUUGUCCACUAUUUAGGAAUGAAAAGUUGGAAACUUCUGUAGUGAUCAUUCUUCUUCAUUUGUAUAGAAUUUGUGUCAGCAAUCGAUAGAAGGUGAAUUUUCUACCUAACAAGGGACCAAAUGUCUUGUAUAUUUAAUAGGCAAUUUCUUUGUAGCUUCAUGUUUUCUGUCUGAG